GUAUUUAAGCAGGCAUCCCCCCAACCAUAAACCAUUCAGAAGUUCCCAUACUGUCCAUAUUCAAGUUCCUCAACAGAUAUAUCUGAAAAGAGAAACCUGCAGAAAUCACAACAGUUUUGUUCCUGACAUCCAAUCCUUUUUCAUCUCUCGAUAUCAAUUGAUCUGCUAUCUCUGCAGAUUCAUAAGAUAUACUCCAAAUGACUACUUCAUCUGGAGCAGUAUCUCUUCUUCUUCUUUUGUCCCUCCUCCUUUCUCAGGCUCAAGGGAUUCGUUUGGAGAAAGUAUUCAUCUCGGUUAGACAGCAGAACAAUAAUAUCCACAAAGAGGAAAAUACUGUGGUGAAAAGAAGUAAUCUUGCAGCAGCUGAUCUUGCAGGAGAGCCUAGUAAUAUUGCAUCAUCAGGAAGCACUAGAAAACUAAUCUCAGCCACAUCCCCCUCUAGUGCUACCUCUACCACCACUUCAAAGAAUGAGAAGAAUGGAAGGGAAAAGAGAGGUGGUCCCGAACCGAAAGGCGAAAACAUUAAAAGUACUACACCACAUGGUGGAAAAAAUGGGAAUGUCAGAGCAAAAUCACCAGUUAUUUCUAAGCAGCAGGAGGCUGCUGCAGCUCACCAACACUAUCCGGACCUAGCAGACAUGACGGAAAUGGACUAUUCUCCGGCGAGGAGAAAACCUCCGAUACACAACUGAUGAGUUUCUAGUAGUGAAUAACGAUAAACAAAGAAAAACACAAAAACUAGUAGUGGAAAGGUGUUGGACAAAAUAAAUGAGGAAAUAUUAGAUAUAGAAGUUGGACUGCAUUUCGGAAAAUGCUGCAGAAUUUAGGGCUAGCUUUGUGUAUAGAGAACUAUGAUAUUCUAUUGGGAUUUUGUUAUUGUUUUACUUUUGAUGGCUAAGAUUUGGAUGAUUGAGUACAAAUGAAAGAGCAGUCAUGGAGUGCUGUGCUCACUUGGGACAUUAUCUGUUAGUUGUAACCCUAAUGUUACAUUAACGUAUAAAGAUAAUUGACCAUUGGGUUU